AUGAAUCUCGCUAACCUCCUGUUCUUAUGCUUAGCUACUUUCCUUACUUUUUUGGAGUUAGGAUAUUCCAUACUUCCUCAACCUGAAUCACCUGAGAGACCCAUAAGACGCGCCGGCAGACGCGGCAGAAGCGCCAGACGCGCCAGACCUGGCACAAAUCCAAUUAUUGCACUGGAUCCGAGUGGGGUCUUUCCUGCAGGUCUUUUAACAAAAAACCUUACUGGUGAUUUUGUCCGCUUGGAACUACCUUACGCUAGAAUUGAAAAUCAUUAUACUCGUUUCUUCGUUGCAAUAGUUGACCAGCAUUAUUGGGUUUCCGUCUGUGAUAUUAAUUGCGAAUCUGGCGAAGAAUUGGUCAAUGCCCUCGGCAUUAAAUAUGGGAAAAAUAGAGUUAUGUUUUCUCAAUGUGACGUUACUGAUUAUUGUCAAUUCGAAGAAUCUUUCGAAACUACUCUCGCGGCGUUUGGAAGACUAGACAUUGUUGUCAACAAUGCUGGAAUUAUGAACGACAGAUUUUGGGAAUUGGAAGUAGAUGUUAAUCUUAAUGGAGUUAUUCGAGGAACCCUUCUCGCACAACGAUAUUUGGCAAAAGAUAGGGGCUAUGGGGGAGGUGUGGUCAUUAAUACAGGAAGUAAUGUUAGCAUAAAUCCUUAUGUCAGUGCUCCUAUUUAUUCUGCUACAAAAUCAGCAAUUGUCAGUCUCACUCGAGCAUUUGGCGAUGAUUACCACGUAGAUUUGACUGGGGUGAGAGUAAUGGCCCUUUGUCCAAGUGCCACAGAAAGUAAUUUAGUUCGAGAUGUAGGGAAACAAUUACUUUCUCCUCGUUACGAAGACGCUUGGCGACGAGAUACAGCAUCCUGUGUUACUCAAAAGUAA